CUGAUUAGAUUAGUGGUGAGGGAGGUGCCGUGAAAGCAUUUUAUAAACCCUGGAGUGUAGCUAGUAGCUGUGGCAAUUCUCCCAUAAGUGUGCGUCAAGACAAGUAAUACACAGCAAGACUAUUUUUUUGACAGUAAAACUUAGUCCUGGGCAAAAGGUUGGCUUAGAAGGCUUGGCUUGCAUUACGGGUGUUCGUACACUCGCAGUGCUGGGUAGAGUCAUCACGGCUCUGAAGACGUUCCUGUCCGCUUUGCCAGCCGGGACAACAUUUGGAGAAGACCUGGGCCGGGAUAGCACCGGCGAUCCUACAGGAAGGGAAAGUCCUUGUGACGGUGACGGGGAAGACUAGACAAGUAGACAGAAUUCUUGAAUGUAGGCAUUUGUCCAAUACUAGUUCAUCCCUAACGAAAUCUAAUUUACGAAGGCAAUCACAGAACGGGAGGGAUCUGUGGUUUGUUUGCAAUUGUGUUAUUAAGAGUUACGAAGGAAACCUGGCAAAGUGAACCUACUUCUGUGUUCAUCUAGCUUCCUUUAUUCAUCAACAGAAACCAAACAGAGCUUCAUAACUGCCUGAUUUGACUAGACAUAAAGUUGACCAACAACAAUGACUGGAACCAUGGUAGGAAUUCUGACGAUCCUGUGCGUUGGUUUAGUUUCUCGGUGCUCGGGAGCCCUUCACUACCCUCCUGCCUCACUUGGUGACCAGGUUAAAGUUCACGGGAAGGCAGGGGGUGAAGAGACAGGUCGUGUGGGGUCAGAUGACCCCAAGCUGAAGGAGCAUGAUCUAAAUGAGAUGUUUCGUCUGCAGCACUUUCUGGAGGAGAUGGUCAGACAGCAGAAGACGCCAGCAGUUAGACCUGGCUCCCUGACCUCACUAGUGACCCAGGCUCGUAGCUACCUGCUUGACCUGGCCCCUCUAUAUCUGCCUGACCCAGCCUCUGCCAACCCAGAGUGUCGUCGUGACCUGCUGGCUCUGUACACUGCCCUCGCUGCCUGGCCUCACCUCUCUCAGACUGACACUCUCUGGCCACUCAAAUUGAUAGACUCCUGGGGAAAGUUUGCUGAUGGUGUGUUGGUGGGAAAUUUCCAGCUGCUGCUGGGGUUCUUCACCGAGUGUGUCAGCCUCCGAGUCUCUCCAGAGACCAAACACCUCUCCUCUGAUCCAGACCUCCAAGACCACCUUCCAGGAUUCGAAGAAAACAUCCUUCGUCUUCAAGAUAUCCUCGGCUACCUUCCAGAAUUCGAAGAAAAUAGCUUUGGCCGCCAAGGUAACAUUUUAGAGCAGCAGAAUUUGAAGGCAGAAUUUUCUCUAAACUUGGACGCCGACUUCCAGGGGCAGUACUGUCUACUGACCUACGGAGCUGGGAACACUACCAGUGAGCAAGAUGAUGUGGGCAGAGGAAGGCUGAGGCCAGCACCCAGGACGCCCUCAGUUUCCGCCCUUCUGUCACAGUACAUCAGCCUCUCCUACUACGCCACCUGCAUGCCUUCCACAUGUACACCAGCUGAGCUCAAGGACACUGUGGAGGCAGCCAUGGCACCAACUGGUCUGGAGAUAAAGACCAUAGAGUGUCAAGUGGACCAACCUCACCAUCUGGACUCAUCAGAGAUCACCGGCCUUGUGUUGGUGGGUGUGAUGGUGGUUGUGUUGGCAGCAGCCACUCUGCUUGACCUAUACAGCGCCUCUACACCUACUCGAGUCCACUAUAGGAAAGGACACCUUCAGUACCUGCUGGUGUUCUCCGUCAGUCACAACAUUCAAAAGUUGUUCCAGGUGACGAGCGCAAGGUCCCCUGAGGUGAUCACCUGCCUCCACGGCAUCAGGUUCCUCUCCAUCACCUGGGUGGUGCUGGGCCACCAGUACGCCUAUUCUACUAGUGUUGCCCAGAAUACCAUCGAGAGUUUCAAGUUAACCAAGAAAGUGGCAUUUCAAGUGAUCGCCAACGCAGACGUCAGCGUUGACACUUUCUUCUUCAUGAGCGGCCUCCUGGUGAGCGCAGGCCUACUGAGACGAGUGACCUCCACUGGCAAGUUCAACGUGCUUCAGUACUACAUCCACAGGAUCGUCAGACUGCUGCCGCCCAUCGCCGUGACGGUGAUGUUGGUAGCUACGGUGUCAGAGAUGGCCGUGGGCGGCCCAGCCUCACAGAGCUACACUACCUACUACUUGAAGGGCUGCAGACAUUCCUGGUGGACGGAUGUAACCUUCACCAGCAACUUCUUUUUUUCCUUCCUGCAGCAGAUGGGCAAGACUGACGAGGCUGCCACUUGUUUACCUCACUGUUGGUACACUGCCGUGGACAUGCAACUCUACGUGUUCACUCCUAUAGUUCUCCUGCCACUCUGCUACUGGCCCAAGAGCAGGCGUGCGUGGGCAUGGGUGUGGGCGUGGACAGGGGCGUCGGUAGUAGUACCUGCAGUGAUCGUGGGCGUGUACCACACCUGGCCAGCCAGCCUCCUCCUCCUUAAUGACACAGAGGACAUGUUGGAGUACAACCACAAGGUGUACCUGAUGCCGUGGUGUAGAGCAGGACCAUACAUAGUGGGCAUCUGGGCCGGGUACCUCCUUCAUAAAUCCAGGGAUUCACCCAAAAUUACACCCCUCACACUGGAGUGUGCUCUCCUCCUCCUUGAGCUCCUCCUCCUCCUUGAGCUCCUCCACCUCCUUGAGCUCCUCCUCCUCCUUGAGCUCCUCCUCCUCCUUGAGCUCCUCAUCCUCCUUAACUUCCUCCUCUUUGAUCUCCUCCACCUCCUGCUGGUGCUCCUACAGAUAGAGGAGACGUGUGGAGUGUUGUUGAUGUCAGUAUGCGCGGCGGUGGUGGUGACACUGCUGGCUGAGUCGCCCAUCCUGGGACUAGAAAAACUCAUCCUUCAUCCUGAAAAAUCGACUAAACAGGAUAAAGUGUCAAGUCCUAUUCAGGAGGGCGAGGUGGACGUACAAGGAGUCGAGACUGACCUCCAAGGAGUCAAGGUUGACCUCAGAGUAGUCGAAGUUGACCUCCAUGACAGCAAGUCUCACUUGAGAGACACUGAAGAAACAUCAGAUGCAAAACUGAUCGAGCAGAAACAGGAAAUAGGCAUAAUACACGAAGAAUAACAAAGAAAAUGGGAAGACCGCGAACAAAUGGGAUGACAGAAAAUGACAAAAAAGAAGAGAAAAUGGGAAGAGCAUGAUGGAAAACGAUAAAAAGGGAGAAAAGGAGACGAACAGGAGAGAAAACAGGAAGAACAUGAGAAACAACGGUAAAAUAAAGAGAAAAUGGAAAGAACAUUAGGGAAAAUGGCAAAACAAGAAAGAAAACGGGAAGAGCAUGAAAAAAACGGCAAAACGAAAAAAACGGGAAGUGAUAUGGGAAGAGAGAAAACGGAAGAGUGAGAUGGGAUGAAACAGAGAAUACUAAUAAAAAUCAACAUUUAAAAGGAAGAAUAUAAAAAACAAGAAAGAAAACAGGAGCAGCAUAAGACAAAAGAAGAGGAGGAGGAACAAGAAAGAAAGAAAGAAAGCACCCACAGUUAUAAUUAUCAUUAUUUCCUCACCAGACUUCAAUAAAGUUAGAAUUAAUA